AUGGAUAGCUUGAAAGAAGAUAGAGAAGAUGUUAAGCUUCUAACAUCUUGGGUCAGCCCCUAUGGCACGCGAGCUAUGAUUGGGCUUGAACAAAAGGGUAUCAGCUAUGAAUAUGUGGAGGAAAACUUGCGGAACAAGAGUCCCCUGUUGCUGCAAAUGAAUCCUAUACACAAGUUGGUACCUGUUCUCAUCCAUAAUGGCAAGCCUCUUCCUGAAUCUCUGAUUAUUCUCCAAUACAUAGACCACGCUUGGAAUUCUCCUCACGCCGCCUUUCUUCCCUCUCAUCCGUAUGACCGAUCUAUUGCUCUCUUCUGGGCAGAUUUUGCAGACAAAAAGUGGAAGAUUUUAGAGCAUCAAUCAGUUUGUUUUGUUAUUCUUAUGGAAGCAUAA